AUGGCCUUUUCUGACGACAACAACAACAAUGAUGUUGUCACCGAUUUCUUUCCAUUCUAUCGACUCUGUAAAGACGGUCGAGUAGAACGUUUCUACGAACUUGCUGGUGUACACAAAGUUCCACCAUCGCUGGAAGAUCCAACGACUGGUGUAUCAUCAAAAGACGUGACCAUCUCUGCUCACGUCUCCGCUAGACUCUACCUUCCAAAAAACACUCCACCCAAUCAAAAAUUGCCCGUCCUAGUGUAUUACCAUGGUGGAGGACUUGUAAUCGGAUCUGCAUUUUUCAAAACAGAGCAUUGUUACCUCAACCAUCUGGUUUUCGAAUCAAAUUGCAUAGCGAUUUCUGUAGAUUACCGUCUUGCCCCUGAGCAUGACAUCCCGACAAUCUACCAGGAUUGUUGGGAUGCUCUUCAGUGGAUCGCUUCACACUCUGUCUCUGAUACAAUUAACAAAGAUCCGUGGAUUGAAAACCACGGUGAUUUCAACCGUGUGUUUGUAGGGGGUGACAGUGCCGGAGGCAAUAUAGUAUAUAAUAUGAUCAUGGGAGCGGGGAGGGAAAAAUUGAUCGGAGAUGUGAAACUUUUGGGUGCAAUACUUGCAUUUCCUUAUUUGAUAAUACCAUCGAUUGAAAACUUCGAUAAAGGUUUGGCUUACAAGCUUUGGAAUAACAUUUGCCCGCUCUCUGAGGGGGGAAAUGAUAAUCCAAUGGUUAAUCCAGUCUCAACAAAGAGCCCUGGCUUAUCGAUGCUAGGGUGCUCGAGACUUUUUGUGUGUACGGGAGAGAAAGACGAACUUGUCUCACCAGAAGUUGGGACAAAAUUCGUCGAAGCUGUGAAGAAAAGCGGAUGGAAAGGGGAAAUUGAGUUAAUUGAAGUUGAAGGUGAAGGUCAUGUCUUUCAGUGUGAAAAUCUUCAAGCUGAGAAAUCUAAAGAUUUGAUCAAACAUAUGGCUUCUUUUAUCCAACGCAAGUGAUCUGUGUCUUAUUAUUUGCCCUCGUGACGAGUUU